UUAAUUAUUAUUUUUUAUCUUUUCCCUUUUUAUUCUUCCCCCCUCCCCCCAAGUCCUCGAUUUUGAACCUCUUUCAUUAGCAGCAUGAAACCGAAACCUCAGCUUUGUUCUUGAAACCCAGAUGGAUUUGGUCAAAGAAAAUUACCAAGAUAUUGAUGGGAAUGAAGAUGGAUCUCCCGAACAGUCGGUUUCUCAGGAAAAUUCUGAAAUAUGUGAUGAAUUUUCAGAUCCAGAGAUUUCUCCUCGAGUCGGUGAAGAAUAUCAAGUUGAAGUUCCUCCGCUAUUGUUGAAAUCAGAUAUAAACUGGCUCCAGAGUUUCAAGGAGGCAGAAAUUCAGGGUAGCAGCCUCCAUGAUUUUUUUGUGGGAUUGCCUGUCCAGGUAAUGUGGAUUUCCGAGGAAGCUCAUUGGAUGGAGCGUAAGCUACGUGAGGAUACAGUGGAGAAAUGCAGUAGAAAGGAGGACUUGAAGGGUGAAUCAUUUCAAGAUGAACAGAAAGAUGAUAGUGCCAAAUUGAUCAUUGAGGCAACGAAAAUGACGACAAGUAGUACAAUAAAGGUCAGUAAAGCAGCAGAUUUAGCUUUGCCAAAAGAAACAGUACUUGCAAUUGACACGGAUAAGAAGGAUAACAUCAACGGUUGCCAUCUGGUUCCUGGUGUCUCGGGUCAGCCUUGGACUAAUAUAGAAGAGGCCAGUUUUCUUCUUGGUUUAUACAUAUUUGGGAAAAACCUUGUUUUAGUGAAGAAGUUUGUUGGAAGCAAACAGAUGGGGGAUAUUCUGUCCUUUUACUAUGGAAGGUUUUAUCGAUCAGAAAAAUACUGCCGAUGGUGUGAAUGUCGAAAAACUCGAGGUAGAAAAUGUAUCUAUGGACAGAGAUUGUUUAAAGGUUGGAGGCAACAGGAAUUGGUUUCUCGGUUGCUUCUUCAUGUAGCAGAGGAUAACAAGAAUGCAUUAGUGGAGGUCACAAAAUCAUUUGGAGAUGGCAAAUUUUCUUUUGAAGAAUACGUGUUUGCUUUAAAGGCCACAGUUGGAUUGGAAGCUUUUGUGGAGGCAGUGGGGAUUGGUAAAGAGAAGCAAGAUCUUACAAGCGUUUCCAUGGAUCCAGUAAAGUCGAACCAUGGUGCUUCUCUCCGCCCUGAAAUACCUUCUGGGAAAGCAUGUUCUGCCCUUACUCCACUGGAAAUUGUCAACUAUCUAACAGGAGAUUUCAGGUUGAGCAAAGCUCGAUCGAGUGAUCUCUUCUGGGAAGCUGUUUGGCCCCGUUUGCUUGCUCGUGGAUGGCAUUCUGAGCAGCCGAGUAAUGGUUUUACUGCUGGUAUGAAGCAUUCAUUGGUCUUUCUUGUCCCAGGUAUCAAAAAGUUUUCGAGGAGAAAGCUGGUUCGUGGUAACCACUAUUUUGAUUCAGUCAGUGACGUCCUUGGUAAAGUUGCUUUGGAUCCUGGACUACUUGAGCUUGACAGUAAUGUUGAUAAAGAUGGUAAGAGCAAUGAAGAAAACGGGUGGACUGAUGACUCCAAAGUGGACCAAGAGGAGUUUCCUUCUCAGCAACGCCAUUGUUAUCUCAAACCAAGAACUCCAGCCAACACUGAUAUUGUGAAGUUUACUAUCGUUGACACCAGUCUUGCUAACGGAAGUGCUUCAAAAAUUCGAGAACUUAGAAGUUUACCAGUGGACUUACUAACUGUUUCUUCAUCGAGAUCUUAUUUCGAAAAUCAUGCCCUAUGUUCUUCCAGCGAGUCAAUGGAGAAGUCUGAUUCUGAAGAGGACCGAUGUGUCGACAAGGCUGAGACUGCCGAUACUUCUCAUGCCUUGAGGAAAAACAAGAAACAAAAAGUAAUCUCGAAUGGACAUUAUUCUCCUUCAGAUGUUUCAAAGUCAAACCAAGUGCUUCCGGUUAGUUGUGAACCAGAUUCUAUGGAUUCACCUGCAGAAGUUUUGAAGGAUCACAGCUGCGUCAAGUUGGAUAGCACACGAUCUCAGAACGGUAUUAUGCACCCGUUUAGCCAAAAAUCAAGAUUGGACAAUAAGAGGAAACCUACAAAUGCAACCAAAAAACGCAGGAAAUUAAAUACUUUUGGUUUAAAGUGUACAAGUAAUAUUUCUGUACCUUCCAAACCAAAAGAGGAGGAUGCCUGCUGCAAACCAAAAGAGGAUGCCUGCGAGGAUUCCUGCUGUAAACCGAAAGAGGAGGAUUCCUGCUGCAAACCGAAAGAGGAGGAUUCCUGCUGCGAACCGAAAGAAGAGGAUUCCUGCUGCAAACCGAAAGAGGAGGAUUCCUGCUGCACACCGAAAGAGGAGGAUUCCUGCUGCAAACCAAAAGAGGAGGAUGCCUGCUGCAAACCGAAAGAGGAGGAUGCCUGCUGCUCUAAAGACGGUUCCGAUAGUAGCAAAAACAUCCUGCCUAUUGCAGAUCCAUUGCAGGAGAAAUCUUCUAGUUCAUCUGGAUGCAGUCCCAUAUCUAGCCUUGAUGGAAACCCAAAGGAAAUCGGCCUCAAUCAAUCUCGUGCUUUAAUAGACUUAAACUUGCCCGUUCCUCUCGAUGCUGAAACUGACGAACCUGUUAUAAUGCAUAUCAGACAAGAACGACCUGACCAAAGAAGCAAGGAACCAAACGAUCCUAGUAUAGCUAAAAAUUCUGAAGUCGUCUCGAACGUUUCUGAUCAGCAACUUAAUAUGAAUUCAAGGAGAGUCAGUAGUCGAAACCGACCCCCAACAACUAGAGCGCUAGAAGCAAGAGCUUUAGGAUUGUUGGACGUCAAACAGAAGCGAAAGCAUAAAGAUCCGUUUCUGGAUGGGAACUCGAUAAUUAAGCCAUCACGACGUGGUUGUCCAAAGGUGAGACCUACUGAGAACUUGGAAAUUAGCAUUGAAAAAUUCAAGAUUGAAGAUAGAGCAGUAGUUGUUAGUCCAUGUAAUAGCAAUAGCAAUAGUAAUAGCAAUAGCGAGGUGUUACCUAAGCUUGAAACUUGAUUCCUGGAAAAGGGUGUUAGCAUCCUUCAAAAAAGAUAUUACUUCUUGAUUUGCCAUAGUUUAUUCCGGUAUAUAUCGAUAUUAUAACAUUUGGAAGUCUUCUCUUUUCUAUGCACCAACAAAACUUGGCUAGUCUAAUCGAAACCCGUAGCUAAUCUUUCGCUCUCGUGUUGUUGUCGAGUUCUCGUGGCACUCGUUGGUAAAUCUACAUUAUUGUUUAUGAUUC